AUGAAAAGUCGCAAAUUAUUUUUUAACUUUUCAGAAUAUUCAGUGAUUCUGAAGGUAAUUUAAUUAUAAUAUUUUUAGAUUAUUAUGGAUUUGCAUGUAAUCCUCUUUUAAAAAGGAUUCGGUAUUUUAAUAUAUCUAUUAAUGGCGAAAUGGACUAAGACUGCAUAUUUAAUAGAUUUCUUGACAAUGCAAGCGCUGAAGUUUUUCUAAUAUCUUCCAUUUUUUUCCAAACCAUCAUUACUUUCAUCUAAUUAGGUUGGUUCAAAAUCAAAUUUCAGGGAUUUAAUUGGGUCAUUGCAUAAUUCUUGA